AUGACUGUCUCAGCCAUCAUCGCCGUACUCCUCCUCGCCCUUUCUCAGGACUUCAUAGUUGCUGCCAUCCCAGCCGCUGCCAACAGCGUCGUCGUCACUCAUGUAGCCUCCGAUUACUUCCCUAAUGCUAAGGGCGACCUGACCCGAUUUGAUGUUGACGCUCGCUACGUCGGCUACAGCUCGGAAACCCAAUCCUGGCUCGCCAGAAUUGACCCUUCCUCUGGAAAAACGGACGAGGAGAUAGCCACCCAACUGAUCGAAGCCGCCUACGCCCAUGCCUUCAACCCCCUCGACCCUGACAUGGCCGCCGACCUUACCGCGCUCCUUGCCGCUGUCGCCGGCUCCGAACCUCCUAGCACAAUAGAACGACGCUCCUCGUUCGAAGUCUCCGUCGCACAUGCAGUCAAAUGGGCCAGCUGUGCAGGCGUCUUCAGCUGCCUCUCUGGCACGACAUGCACGUUCAGCCUGGACAUCGGGAAGGCGCCGCGUAGCCACUGCGAGAACCAAGGAGGGUCUAAUUGCUGCAUCAGCUGGUCGAACUAUAAUAUUCGUGCGGGCUUCUUUUCGACGACUUGGACGACGUGUAAUAGUGAGGUGCAGGCGGAGCAGAAGUCGGAUGCUAGUUGUGAGGGGUAUGGGACUAAUGAUCAGGGAGGCGAUGUGUGCUUGAGCAAUAGGGCGAACGGGUGUACGUAG